AUGGAUGUCAACCUUCUCCCAGACAUAUGCCUGGAGAUUACAGGCUGGUUGUCCCCAAGCGACGUAGGGAGACUGAGCCAGUGCAGCAAGGCCUUCCACCGCAAAUGGGAGCCCUUCCUGCUUUUCACCCUCGCCUCCCGACAGAAGCUGAUGUUCUAUGGCUGCUCUCGCGGAGAGGGAUGGGCUAUUGACAAGGCCAUGUCGUACGGGCACUACCCUUGCUACGAAGACCUAGAGACUGCAAUCGAGUACAUCCUUCGGUACGAUGCGGCACCUUUCGCCGAGUAUUUACUCUCUCGAGAACAUUUUCGACAAUGGCUGGCCGUGUUCGAUCCUUUGGAGGGGCCAGGCUACAAGCGCACGCUGCAGUACAGAUAUUCGACACGCGUGCCAAUGUUUGCUGCCGCCAUGCGCAUGGCUGAGUCUGGUGAGACGGGCAUCGUCGACAUGCUCUUAACGACUCGACUGGACAUCAACCAGCCACUCACUGUAGCCCUCGAGUCCCUCGAAGAGUCCGUGGAGGGACGCUGCAUGAUCAGCCCCGUGUGGGCCUACGUGCUCGCGGACUUCACUCAGAGAGACCAGACCGGACCCUUUUCUGCUUCAGAGGGUCUCCAGUACCUGUUUCACCACGGCGCUGUCAUUCAAACAACGACCCAGGCCGCCGUUACAUCCGAGCGCCCGCCUCAUUCGCUACUCGAGUUGUUCUGGACCAAGAACAAUGGGUUCGCGUCGCUGCUGAACAAGGAUCUAUAUGCCAUGACGAGAGUUCUCAUCCGCAAGCAAGCAGCAAGAGGAGGGGUGCCUGCCUUCCUCCUCUGGAAAGACAAUGUAUUGGGGAUGGACACGGGACCUCUGAUCCAGCGGAUGGUCCCACACCCGCGACUCAAACCCUCCUUGGAGCAGAAGCAGACCAUCAUACGCCGCUGGAGCGCCAUCUUGGACAUUCUCCUGACGCCGAGGAAUUUCGAGCUUGCUUUCCAGGACGAGCUGAGCGACGUGCUCUUCCUCUUCCUGAUGCGCGUCGUGAGAAAGCUUUCCUGUCAGGACUUUCGGGAAGCCUUCAAGGGUGGCCCUGAUAUGCGAGUGGAUAAUACGGCUAUACAUUUUGACAUCUUCGUUCCGGCUCCCGGUCUAGCCGAUGAUUUGGACCCCGUCACCAUCAGGAAGCUCAUCGAGAAGGGCGCGGACAUCACAUGGCGGCCGAAAUGGGGCCAGUUCAAGGGCCAGUCCAUCCUGGAAGCCAUAGCCGUCACUCAGACGCGAGGCCAGGACUCCAUGAUGGCGCUCGUGCGGCCGUCGCGGCUGCAGUCUUUUGUGAGCACCUUGCUCGGCCUCGGUGCUGAGCGCGUCGACACUGGCACGCCCAAUCUGCGCGGGCGGCUGGGCAUGAGGGGCCACCCCAGAGCGUGGUUCCGUUUUGUGCAGAGGACAGUCCGAGGGGAGCAGGCUCUGCUGUGGUGCCCAACUGCCGCGUUUUUGCUUGGCUACCGUCCUCCAGCGAGGCGCUCGGAUGAAGCAGAGGAGGCCCAGGAGGGUGUGGUGGCAUAG